AUGUCAUCAACAAACCCACAACCACCAACCACCUCAAACAACAACAGCAGUCCUUCUCCGAGUGCUACACAACCCACAGCACAACCCAAUAAACCUCCAAGUACAACAAACGCUCCUUCUCCCAAUCAGCCACCUAAAAAAGAUGAACAAAAGAAAGCCGUGCAAAAAUUGACGAAACUUGUUUCAAAAUUUAAAAUUAAUCCCGAAGGAAAAUUCAAGAUAGGAUGGGAUGUUUUUAUAUUGAUCAUGUGCAUGUACAACUGGGGGACGGUGGCCUAUCGAUGUGCGUUGUAUAAAUGGGAUUAUUAUUGGAUUGCCAUUGAUCUCGUAGUGGACAUAAUUUUAUGGCUUGAUGUUUUAUCUAGGUUUAGAAUUACAUACUUGGAAUUUGGCCUUCCAGUGACCGAUUCAAAAUCAAUUGCUAAAAUUUAUCUUAAAAGUUUAGGUUUUUAUGUGGAUGUUGUGGCAAACCUUCCUUUCGAGUUCAUUGGUUAUUGGGCUACUCCAAGAUUCUGGGCGUUUUAUAGAAUGAACCGAUAUCUUAGAGUGUACAGAUAUAACGAAAUGUUUAACACAUUUGAGGAGGGAUUUUCAUUCAUUCAUCCUGCAUACAUGAAGUUGAUCAAGUAUAUUUUGCUUUUCGUCAUUGCUCACUGGUGCGUGGCAUGCCUUUAUCUUUGGGUGUUAGAAACUGAAGGCAAUCCAUCCCCUGACUUUAUGUUGGGAGACAUUUCUGACAGUGACGGAACUUUAAUUCUAAGAGCUAUUUUUUGGGCAGUUGGACAAAUGAACGGCUAUGCCAAUACCAAUCCAAUCACCGACUUUGAGACAUGGUGCAUGCUAGUGGUAACUGUCAUUGGAUUGUGUCUGUACGUUGCCAUUGUCGGUACAGUCGGAGCAAUUUUGGGAGAUUUAAAUGCUCAAAAGGAAGUUUUUGAAAACUUUAUUGAUGCAAUUAAGGCCUUCAUGAACUAUCGAAAACUUUCGUCUGAUCUACAAGGAAAGGUUAUUGAAUAUUAUACGUAUUUAUGGAAAACACGUAAAACUCUGGAUGAAAAUCAAAUGUUAGACGAGUUACCUGAGCAUUUAAAGAUUGAAGUAUCUCUGUUCUUGAAUAAGGACAUUAUUCAAAAGAUUCCCUUUUUCCAACAUUUGGAAGAGCAAUUUAUCAAUUCUCUUGUUCUCAAACUCAAGCCCAAAGUAGCCCUACCCAACUCACUCAUUGUCAGAAAGGGUGAUAUUGGACGUGAAAUGUUUUUCAUCAACAGAGGAUCUGUUGAAGUUAUUGGAGAGCCCAAUGAAGAAGGAGUCAUUCCUGUGUUUGCGACGUUAUCCGAAGGACAAUUCUUUGGUGAAAUGGCCAUUAUUAACAAUACCAAAAGAGGAGCCUCGAUCAGAGCUAAGGGCUAUUGUGAUCUUUCAGUUCUUACCAAAGAAGACUUUAAAUUUGUUAUGGAAACAUUCCCAGAGACGGUGAGAGAGGAAAUUAAUGUUGAAGUUCGAAAACGACAAGCUCCUCCUCCUUCCUCUGGUUCUGCAUCAAGACCUGGAACAGCCAAUCAAUCAAGACCAGGUACCGCUCAACAAUCGAGACCUUCCACAGCCAAUAAACGGUAG